ACUGGGUUUAGAUAUGUAAACGGCUAUACGUCGUUUCCUAUGUUAGUUUGUAGGAGCUGUAUAUUUGAAUGGAUUGAAACCWGUCGACAUUGUCCAGUUUGUAAGACGGAGAUUCAUAAAACAAGACCAAUACUGAAUAUACGACCUGACCGCAUUCUGCAAGACAUAGUCUACAAACUUGCUCCACAAGUAUCAGACUGUCAAAAUGGGCUUUAUAAAGCCGAAAGGAACAGCGAAACAAAGGUUGRAAAUCCAGUCUGCAUUUUGCUGCAAUAUUACGUACAAAAUGCCAAGACAAAACCUGUCUUCCCCUCUCGUUACCUUCGUUGUUCUUCUCAAGUAACGAUAAAAGUGAUCAAAAAGUUCGUUCUCGCAAAAUUUUCCAUUCCUAAAACACAUGUGGCAGAAAUCAUUCGUUGUGGAGAGAUUCUAACAGACCAUCUUACAAUAAAAGAGAUUUCAAGGAUUUAUGGACUUCAAACUACCAUGGCUAACAUCGAUCUUCAGUACGUAUUYAUCAGUAAGGAUGAUACAGAAAAUCAUCUUACAGCAACCAACUCUGCAACAUUUUCUAAUGCUGGAAGAGUUACAGCCAUGAAACAACCACGCAGAGCAUUGCAGCAUCGACAUGCAUUGAAAAAAACAAAUUUAYAAAAAYACAGAAAGGAUCACAUCAACAAAUAAGUACGAAACUAGAGAAACUAGAAGCUUUGUUAUUUCAAGACGGUUCUAGCAAGUCAUUCCUGAACAUGCGAAACUAUUUUGAUCGAUCAUGGAUAAUUAUCUUGUAUUUAUUAAUAUUUAUGGAAAUUACUAUUUAUUCAUACAAAAUACAUUUUAUCAAUUUUCAAGAAAAAUUUUCUAUUCAUUGUAAAUGCCAACWGAUUUUAUCGGAUUUUUAAAAUUUAACAAAAAAAUAGUUUAUGACUGAGUCAUG